GCGCGUUUUAUUUUGAAAGAGUUACCCGGAAGUGCGUAAUACGUCUUGUUGGUCUUGACAGCGAUUUAGCCUUUGUUUAUAGGUUUUUCUUUGCCCAUAGCGUUUUAAUUCUUUGGAUCUUGGAUGUAAUAGUUGUAAUUUUAAGAGGUAUUUUGGUUUAUCGAGGCUCAUUUAGCUUUAUCAACUGCGGAAGAGGCGAUGGAUACCGGUGAAAUACCCGAGCACAUUUUUUUGCUCUCGGUCUGUCAGAUGCCUCUCUGCUGGAUAAUCUUUCGUGUUUUUUGCUGAAUUGGCUGUCACAGAUCUGCCAAAGGAAACUACGGUGCCAUUACUAAAAAGAUUGUGUUUGCUGCCAAUCCUUCAGUGCCUGUUUGAACCAUGGAGACUACUAAGGUCAAUUUUGUCGUGAGAGCAGACACGUCCGCAGGUGAGAUAAUUGCCGUUGUGGGAAGUUGUGAAGCCUUAGGCAACUGGAGCCAUCAAAAGGCUGUUACACUGCAUCCUGUGGAAGACGCUGUAGGUACCUGGACUGCAACUGCUAAUGUGCCGAAAGGAGCUGUUGUUAACUACAGAUAUUUUAAAGGCUUCUUCUUGGAGUCUAAGAAUGCAGGUGGGCCAUGUCACGUCAUAGUCAAUGUGUGGGAGACUCAUCACCACCCACGCACCUUGACACCUACAGCUGCCCACCUGAACGUUCACGAUGGACAGUUUGGGAUACAAAAUGGCGUGUGCUGUGUUGACUCGGGGUGGCUCACGUGUCAGACUGAGAUUCGCCUUCGCCUGCACUAUUCCAAGAGUCCUCCGGUUUCCAUCACCAAGAAGAAAUUCAAGAAGUCUCGUUUCAGAAUUAAACUGACUCUGGAGGGCAUUGAGGAGGAGGAAGACGAGACAGAGGAGGAGCACAGUGCUGCGUCAUGGCACAAAAUGACCACCAUUUUGGGCAUUAGCAUGAUUAGCGCCGAAGGGUACAAGUCCCGCCACUCUCAGCCCGAGUGCGGCUACGCCGUCGAACCAUCGCGGUGGACGGAAUACAGCAUUCACACCAUGGAUCCCGAUAACUUGGAGCUCACGUUUGAGUUUUUUGAAGAGGAUUUGGGCGAGCAUGUGGUACAAGGAGACAUGCAUCCAGGAUACGUCGGAACCGCCUGCCUCCUCUCCUCCUUGUUUCUGGAAAGCGGGAAAGACAUCGGAGUCGUGACCCUCCCCAUCAUGGGACGAAACUCCAGACAGACGAUCGGGAAAGUUAAAGUUGAUUUUUUGGUGAUUCGUCCAAUCCGUGGUCUGCAGUGUGACAUGCGCUCUUCCUUUGCUAAAUACUGGAAGAAGAGGAGCACUUUGGAUGUGGGACACAGAGGAGCCGGGAGCACCCACUCAGACAAGCAUCACAGAAUCAGAGAGAACACAAUCGCUUCAUUCAGAAGUGCUGCCAAGAAUGGAGCUGCGUAUGUGGAGUUUGAUGUUCACCUUUCUAAAGACUCCGUCCCCAUAGUGUACCACGAUCUGACCUGCUGCAUCGCAACUAAAAAGAAGAAAAACGACAAGACUCUGGAGCUUAUUGAGGUGCCAGUUAAAGACUUGACCUUUGACCAACUUCAGCUUCUAAAGCUGGCUCAUGUCGCCACCAUGGACGGAACCGAACACCAAGAAUUGGAGGACGAGGAUGAAAUUGACGAACACCAGCCCUUCCCUUCACUUUCACAGAUUUUUCAAGCCAUGCCUGAAAAUGUGGGAUUCAACAUUGAACUCAAAUGGAUCAGCCAAAUGAAGAACGGGUCGUGGGAGGGAAACCUCUCGUCCUACUUCAACAUGAACACAUUUCUGGACAUCAUUUUGUCCUGUGUGCUGCAGAAAGGAGCAGACAGACGGAUUGUGUUCUCAUCAUUUGACCCAGAUAUUUGCACCAUGGUGCGGAACAAACAAAACAAGUACCCCAUCCUCUUCCUGACUCAGGGCAUCUGUGAGCGGUACCCGGAGCUCAUGGACGUCCGCUGCCAAAACACACAGAUCGCCAUCAGCUUUGCACAGAGCGAGAACAUUCUGGGCAUCAGCGCGCACACAGAGGAGCUGCUGAAGCAUUUGAACUACAUCGAGGAGGCUCAGUCUAAAGGCCUGGUCGUGUUCAGCUGGGGCGAGGACAACAACGACCACGCGAACAGGAGGAAGCUCCGAGAGAAAGGCAUCGACGGAAUCAUAUACGACAGAAUUGGUGAGGAUCAAGUCGAGCAGCCGGAAUUCUUCCAGGUGGAGGCGCAGCAUUCUCUGAGGGAGGUGAUCACGGAGGAGACGCUGAAGAACUCCACCUGCUCCUGUUACUCCAUCCCCUGCUCCUCUGUGGACAUGUGCAUCUCCUCCAAAGGCCGGAAUGGCAGCGCCGAGUCCGAUUCAGGCCUCAGCUCCUCGUGAAAGAAAGUCAUCCACAAAAAAAACGGGAAUACUAUCUCAGAAUGUAGGAGGAUAUGGACAGAAGCUGGUGCAUUUGUAAAACACAUGUUCACUUCAGUUCUUCACAAAAUGUCCGCCAUGAACGCUGUGAUGCUCAAACUCUUCACACUACUCUACUUAAGGAAAUAUUAGGAUUCAUGCUGGGUACUCAGGGCACAUAAAUUAUCUUAAUUCUAAACCAGGACUAAACCAGGACUAAACAGGAUUUACAGGAAACCAGGAUAAAUCUGUGUGUAAACAAUGUGAAAACCAGUCUAAUAUAGGACUAAAGCAGGAAUAAACAGGAUCAGCAGGAAACUCGGUUAUAUUUCUAAAUCUAAACUAAGUAAAGGCCUGGUUUAUUCGUGGUUUUGCCAAGCUGAUUCUGAGCCAGAAGUAAAGGACUAAACCAGGACUAACCCAUGACUAACAUAGAAUUAAACUAGGACUAAAGCAGGAUCUAUAGGAAAUCCGGUUACAUUUUGGUAUCUAAACUAGGCUAAACCAGAUCUAAUAUAGGACUAAACCAGAUCUUUACUAAGCUGGAUCUGAACUAGAAGUAAAUCUAAUCUAAAGACUAAAGCAGGAUUAAACCAGAACUAAACAAGAACUAAACAGGAUCCACAGAAAACCAGGUUAAAUUUGGGUGUCUAAACUGGGCAGAACCAGGUCUAAUAUAUGACUAAUACAGGUCCAUAAUAAGAUGGAUCUGAGCCAGAACUAAAUUUAGACUAACAAAGGACUGAACUCAGCCUAAACUGGGACUAAACCAGUUUUACAGCUGGUCCAAUGCAGUCUUAAACCAACAUUGACCAAACAAUGUAACUAAAUAGAAGAGUAAAUCAUUUUAAUAAUGAAAAACUGGACAUUAACUUCAAAAGGCGAUCCCCAGAUAAAGCCCACACACCACAGUUUGAGAACCACUGCUCUACCACUGUCUGACACAUUUUGAGCCAAGUAUCACACGGUUUGGCUUGUAUCAUGUCCAACGUCUUUUAAAUGCUGAUUUUCCACACAGACCUGGGAAACUUGUCAGAUAAGAUGGGACUAAGAUAGGAAUAAGAUGGGACUAAGAUGGGACUAAGAUGGGACUAAGAUGGGACUAAGAUGGGACUAAGAUGGGACUAAGAUGGGACUAAGAUGGGACUAAAAUGGGACUAAAAUGGGACUAAGAUGGGACUAAGAUGGGACUAAGAUGGGACUAUGAUGGGGACUAUGAUGGGGACUAUGAUGGGGACUAUGAUGGGGACUAAGACGGGGACUAAGACGGGACUAAGACGGGACUAAGACGGGACUAAGACGGGACUAAGACGGGACUAAGACGGGACUAAGACGGGACUAAGACGGGACUAAAACGGGACUAAGACGGGACUAAGACGGGACUAAGACGGGACUAAAACAGAAAUAAACUGGGAUUAAACUAGGAAUAAAACAGGACUAAUCUAGGACGAAAACAGAACUAAAUCGGAAUCAAACCAGGUCUGAACCAGGUCUGAACCAGGUCUGAACCAGGUCUGAAAUAGUUUUAAAAAUGAGAUGUUU